AUGACCCCCUCAAGAGCCACACAGGUCCACGACGACCACACCCACACCCACAAGCGCACCUCCUCCUCCUCCGCCUACUCCCGCAAGAGCACCGAGGACUACCGCCGCUACAGCGGCACCGUCAACCACUGCGGCCGUCACUCGAACGACUGGCUCUUCGGCGGCUUCAGUCUGCGCGACACCGUGCGCGGCGAAACCACGAUCUCUAGAUCCUCUUCUCCCAAAGGGUUUCUCAUUCCGAAGACUCUUCCGAUCGAAGUCAAGGGUCCCUCCACUGCCACUGCAAGGACAGUCGGGGGUUGGCUCGCCCUGCUUGGCGGAACAUCAUGGAGGCAGAAAGGCCGCCUUACGAUCUUCGUCUUCGUUUUCUUCCUCGUCUUCAUCUUCAUAUUCUGGUGAGAUGGGUUCGGAGCGGUUCAUCUACCGUUGAUGGGCUUUGAGGUGCGAGCAUAUCACUUCAUAUGAAUGAGAGCAGUGUGGAGGAACGUGAUGGAUUGAGUCCCGCCUGAGACAAGGGGACUGUUUCUUUCCUCGCGGAUUGAGAAUGGAGGAUGUGCCAGUGUCCGGAGCCUAUCGUUGGGCUUAGUGACUUGGAAACUUGGCAGAUACCUCGACUCGUUAUGACUUCAUGGAGCUUCCAUACUCUGCUUGAGAGUUUGGCUCGCUUAUGCCUGAAGGAUGCUAUGUGAAUCUCCAGUGUCUAAGUUAUGUUUCUGUUUGUCGAUAUAGACUAUCUGCUAAAAUUGAGUACGUAUGUCGAUAUC